GCGCCGGAGCCCCAGCGCCCCGGGCUGCCAAUGCCAGCUCGCCUCCCGUCAGCGAGCUGCGACGCGAGGGUCGCGGUGCGGGCCGGGGCCACGGCCCACACGAGCGGCUGCGGCUGCUGGGGCCGGUGAUCAUGGGCGUCGGCCUGUUCGUGUUCAUCUGCGCCAACACGCUUCUGUAUGAGAACCGAGACCUGGAGACGCGACGGCUCCGCCAGGGGGUGCUGCGGGCCCAGGCUCUGCGGCCCCCCGACGGCCCCGGCUGGGACUGCGCCCUCCUUCCCAGCCCGGGCCCCAGGACUCCCCGAGCCAUAGGCUGCGCAGAGCCGGAAAGUUGGGACCUGUCCCCGCGUCGGGGCACCUCACCCGUCCCGUCGGUGCGGAGUCUGCGUUCAGAGCCUGCUAAUCCUCGCCUGGGGUUACCCGCCCUGCUCAGCAGCUAUCCACUGAAGGGCCCGGGGCUGGCCCCACCCUGGGGUGCCCGAACCCAGACUGGCCACGUGAUCAUCACAGUUCAGCCCUCUGCCUCGUACAUCGAACAUUCCAAGUCUCUGGACCUGGGUCUUGGGGAGCUCCUCCUGGGGACCCCAGCCGCUCGUGACUGUGCUCACCGCAGCUGGCCACGACUGGACCGCCUCAGUCUGGGCGGGUAUGCCAAACUGGGGGGAAAGGGAGGCUUGGGGGCGCGGGUCUGAGGAGCAACGGGGGAACCUAGGAGGCUGCACCAUGGACCGUGGUAACAGGAGCAGAGGACCAAAAGUCCUAACGUCUGCUAGCUGUUUCAGUCGCAUCUCUGGCUGGGGUGGAUGCUCCGACCACAGCAGCUGCUAAGGCAUCCUGACAUGCAUGUGGGCGGAGAAGCCAGCUGCACUAGCGCUGGGUGAGCCAGAGAGGGAGUAUUGUAACGUGGAGUACGGAGAUCAGCGUGAAGUGGCCUCAGGAGUUUCUUUAGCCUCCGUAUGUGCCUUAGCCCCGGACAGGCACCUGAGGGGGCUGGAGGCCCAGGCCAAGGAGACCGGAAGAUGACUCUGGUGUGUUGGCAAACCCGAAGUGGUGGGCAAGGACCUCUUAAUACUUGGAAGGUAGGCUGGGAUGUUUCAGGCCGGGUCAGGCUCCGGCCAGUGUGGCACUGGUGGCGGCGUACGGACCUCUGAGAAGAAAGAUGGGCGAUGGGUGGAGUCGAGCCCCUCCUCUGCCAUCUGGGAUGGGGACUGAGCCUUGAACUCCCACUGCCUCACACUCUUUCCUCCCUCAGCCCUGUGAGAUACCUCCCUUAGGGCUAACUACUGCCAACGCCUUCACAAGAGUCUGGCCCCCUCCCCAAACAGGUCUGAGAAGGCCGCCUUCUUACUUCAUCAUCGCCGAGGCUGCAAAAUCUCCCUCCAGCUCUCAGAAAUCCCUUUCCACAACAGUGAAGCUGCGUUUUUGGCCAGUGUGGUAGCUUACUUGACAAAAUGGUUCAGUUUAGGUUUCUCCCACCCGGGUUUAAUUUUCCCCAAGUUGCUGGUAGAACAGAAAUUUACAAGUGAAUCAGUCCUCACAAACUCAGCCUUUUUUUUUUUAAAGUUUAUUGGAAAAUGCAAUACAAGAAGCCAAGACCAAACACGUAUCUAAACACUACGACCACUUUCUUACUACAAAAAGCCAAAACAGCAGACCUAAUUAUUGCCUAUUUAAUCUAAGGAUUUUGCCAAUUUGAUUCUGCUGCUGUAGUUCCUAUUUUGUCGAGAAAUGUAAACAACUACUUUGUGUGAUUCAUAAUUUUUUUAAAAAUUUACAAAGCUCCUUCAUUUUUGUCACCAAAACAAUACAUUUGAGAGAUUUGUAAAAAUGAGCAGCCUGGGGCUGAGAUCCUGGGCAGAGAUUUCCCGAGAGCACCAAGGGGCUCUGGGCAGGCCAUAGCUCUGGCUCCCGUUCCCAGGGUGGCCUGGGGCGCUUCACCCUGAUGUUCUGUGUCCCCCAGAAUACAGUGGUGGCCCGGGGGAGGUGCGGUGAAGGUGCCUGGCGGGUCCCUGCAGUUAGGCUCCUGGAGCCCUUGGCUUGUGAAUGUAGGUCUUGCUGUGUGGGUAGGUGGCAGAGAUCUCACAUGGUUUGAAGGAAAUUUUUAUUUCUAAAGUAAAAAUAAAAUUGCAGCGAGAGUU